CCCAUCUCUAAAAUCAUAAACGAGACAGAGAGAGAGAAAAUGGAAGGUUCAUCUUUACGCCAUUGGAAGGUAAUCCCAAUCCUGCUUAUUACCCUUCAAUUCACUACUAACAUGGUCUUGAGCUUAGCUGAUGCACCAUUUGACAAACAAAGAAACAUUGAGUACAUCAAAUCUUCAUGCAGCUCCACAACUUAUCCCAGACUGUGCUAUCGCUCACUCUCAAUCUAUGCAAACAAAAUCAAAACUAGCCCCAGAUUGUUAGUGGAUACUGCCCUUAAUGUUACCCUCAAGGCCAGCAAAUCAACUUCAAGGUUGAUGGUGAAGAUCUCUACAAUCCACGGUUUGAGGCCUAGGGUAGCUGCUGCCAUGGCAGAUUGCAUUGAGGUGAUCGGUGACUCUGUUGAUGAGCUUCAACAGUCUAUAGAGGAACUUGGUCACAUUAGCCGCUCAAAUUUUGCGCUUACAAUGAGUGAUAUUCAAACUUGGGUUAGUGCAGCGCUGACAGAUGAAGAUACUUGCAUGGAUGGAUUUGCAGGAAAGUCCAUGAAUGGAAAUGUAAAGACUAUGGUAAGGAAAAGGAUUGUUAAAAUUGCACAUUUGACAAGCAAUGCCCUGGCUCUUGUCAACAACUAUGCCUCAACUCAAAGUAACUUACCUUAAUUUCUCAUCAUAUGGGGGAGGCUACUACUUCUCAUGAAAACACUACAGAGAAGAUAAGUAUAAGAUGAAAGAUAUGUAAGAUAGCAGGUUACGUUGUGAACUGUAUUGAGGGAAUAUCAAAUUUGUGUUUGUGUGAACUGUUGUGUAUAUGUAAUACAAUAUCAACUUGUGAAUCAAGGUUUAGUUUUCAAUCUCA